CUUUUUGUUUAUUAUGAGACCUGAUACGCAUAAAGCAAAAGAAUCACGAAAAUAUCAAGCACGUAAAAAAAAUACCGGCGACACUUCUGCUGCCGAAGUAGCCGAAGCGCGUAGACGAGCUGCAAGAGCACGCGAUAAGGGAGCAGGUAUUGCUGCUAUUCGAAGAAGAAACGGCGAGUUUAUCGAGUCAGAAGAAGAUAUUGAAGAACGUAAGCUUCGUCAAGCUAAAUUUUCAAAAAGAAAAAUCAUGUCCAAUGUUAGUCGAUACGAGGAAGAGACAGAGCAAGAGGCUUUGGAGCGAGAUGCAGAGUUAGGUAUUGAUCGUGAAACAACUAAUCUUGUGGACAUGUUGGAAAAUACAGAGGAAGGGACGUCUACUUUCUUCAAAUUUAAAGAUGAAUUAUCCAAUAAUCAAACGAGUACAAAUAUGCUUGAAUUAGAUUUUAACACAUUUGAGGCAGCAUUAGAGUCCUAUGAGACAGUACUCUUACUUGAUCUAGAUAAAGAUCAAGCAUUGAUCUCAAAUGCUUUGAAUGAGCAUCCUAUUGUGCUAGAUAAACCUAUUGUGCCUUCCUUCUCAAAGAAUGCAAAGGGUUAUGUGCUGUUUAAAUCUCAGCCAGCCAAACCUAAUGUGAUAUCAGAAGCUGAUGGUAUUUAUGUACGCAAUGAUCGCCCUACAGUGUCACAACAUAAACCAAAACAUGAAGAACAAAAGCAACAACAACAAAAGCAUGACGAAAACGAUGAAUUAGAUCAACUAUUAGCAUUGGAUCAAAAACCAACUGCAUUACCAAAACCAGGUUCGAUAAAGAAACCUACUAUACCAGUAAAGAAUGUUGUAGAUGAUGAUGAGGCAUGGUUAGAUGAUAUACUGGGUUGA